UACAAACGUGGCAGCACCAGAACACGUUCCUGUACCGACAACAGUUCAGACAGAAGAAAACUCAGCGACCCAGUUGAUAGAUAUCACCUUUCCUGAUGAAACGAGAGGACCAAUAGGCUGCUUGCUUGUAAUAGUAAAAUCUGGUGAAAGUGAUUUAGAAGAUGAAAUCACGAUGGAAAAGUUGACUCGAUUAUCACGAAAUGCAUUGAUUGGAAAAUCAGAAGAAAACGAAUUUCUCGCAAUUGCAAUGCAAAGGUCAAAAAUUAAAGAUCCAAAGGUGCAAGUAUCUCUAGGAGACGACAAAGCAAGUUUCUGUCAUCUUUUAACGGGUACGACUAGAGCCAAACGUGCAGUAACGGAAUACAUAUCUGGAAGGAACUUGCCGCUCAAAAUAGGUUCAACAUACACCUACUACGCAGUUACUUCAACUUACUCAGUGACUUCGGGUGAAGUUUUGCUUCAACGCAGUUCUUCUGCGGCAUUCAACCUAAAGAAAACGGAAGGGUCGAACAUUGUCUGGAUAGCUGCAGUUGUCGUUGGCGCACUCGUGAUUGCAGUCGUUGUUGUACUGAUUAGUACUUUUAGUCAGUCUGUUCUUUUAGUCAGGAAAAAGUAA